GGAUAAUCGAGACUAUGUCUAAGAGGAAAAAUGUCAUUUUGUUUUAGCUUAAUUUACUAGAACAAUCACCAGCAGCAAAAUGGGUGGCACUUUAACAACGAGGAGAAAUACGGGCGUGGAAACUGUUGACAUCGCUGCUAGUAAUGCCUACAGAUACCCACCGAAAACUGGUCAAUACUUUGGCACUCAUUUUAUUAUGGGCGGAGAAAGAUUUGAUUCACCCCAGCCCGGAGAAUACCUGUUUGGUGAAAAUGAGGACCUCAACUUUCUGGGAAAUAAACCUAUUCCUUUUCCAUACCCAGUUCCUGGUGGUAAUGAACCAACCAAGACCCUGAAAAGCCUUGUGUACAUCCGGAAAGAUUCUCUGCGUCUUGUCAAGUCGGCCCUCUGGGAGAAGGUGCCACUCGACAAAGAUGAGAAGGAGUGCAGCAGUCCACAGUACAACAUCGAGUUCACGUUUGAUGCCGACUGUCGGUGCACCGUGACAAUCUACUACCUCGCCACUGAGGAGGUCAGCAGCGGACAACUCAUCUACCAUGCGAAAGAUGCUUCAAUGACGUCCGAGACAUACCACUACAAGAAGGGGGCGGGUCAGGUGUUCUCGCAGUCCAGUCACAUCAUCGACCCCAGCAGACACCCCGCUGAUGAGUGGCUGUUCUCUGCUGAAAAGGAGACCAUACCUGUUGUUAUACAGUGCUGUGUAGAAGAGGAAGAACAUGCAGGACAUUGUCAUGUGACAUUUGCCUCCAUUGAGAAAACAUCGGACAACAACUACUCACUGAAACCUUUGAAGCAGAAACAAUUCGUUGAUGGGCUGUCCUACUUGCUCCAAGAAAUAUAUGGCAUAGAGAACAAAAACAUGGAACGAUCCAAGUUGGACCCCGACGACGAUGUCGAGGACAGUGGAGCGGAGUGUGUCAUCUGUAUGUCAGACAUGCGUGACACGCUCAUCCUGCCGUGUCGUCACCUGUGUCUGUGCAGCGCGUGUGCCGAGUCUCUGCGGUACCAGGCCAGCAUGUGUCCCAUCUGCCGCGUCAAGUUCCGUGCCCUGCUCCAGAUACGAGCCAUGAGGAAGAAGCUGCCUCCAUCCACCUUGCAGCCGGGUGAGAACACUGAGGAGACCGCAGUAAGUCAGGAGGGAGUUCCGGCGGGAUACGAAGCAGUCACUCUGAUUGAAGCUUUGAAUGGACAGUGUGUGCCUCCACCUGGUGAAAGUGGUCCUCCCAUGCCUAUUGUCACACCAGGCACGAUGUUUACUCUGGAAAACUCGAAGAAGAAACCUUCACAGGUGAAGGACAUGACCCGGAUUGAGUACCAGAAGGAGAUGGACCCCGAGAAAGAUCUCAGUGUAAAGACGAAACCAGACAAACAAACUAACAUCCCAAACACCGAGGUCGCCCCAGAAGUUGUCACUCCACAAGUGGCGGAAAUAGACGAAAAAUCAGUCACUUCACCCAAACCAGCUGAUAUUGAAUAUUACGCAGAAGAUAAGACCGUAACUCCUCCAGAGCCAGAGGAAGAUUACACAAACGAUGAAAGGAAGAAAUCUGCAUCUAAGAAGUCUCUUGCUACGUAUGAAGACGGCGAUGGUGUGGGUGUUCAAGAUGAAGCCAUCAAGCUGUACAAGAUGGCCACCAUGGAGAUGGAGGUGGAUGAGCGCGGAGAUGGAAAGAUGAUCGGCGCGGUGUCGCUGGGUCACAUGGCCGACGAUGAACACGAAGACACGUCCGAGGCGGAGCCAGAACCGGAUUAUGAUGAUCCGGACGAGGACCAGCACGCCACGGAAGACACAGGCAAGUUGGACUCGUACGAGACUGGUGUGGUGUACCACGUGGCUGGACACGGAGACGACGGACAGUACCACGCGUUGAGCGUCAUCGAGCACAUGAACCUAUCGGACGCGCCCGGCAGUGCCAACAGCAGCACGGAGGCGUCGAGCUAUGGCAGCAACAGUAGCUCACAGGCCCUGCUCACCCACGUGGAGACACCCGAGGAGAGCGUUGGUACCAAACGCACAGAUGUGUAGGUGCCUCACAGAUGUGUAGGUGCCUCACAGAUGUGUAGGUGCCUCACAGAUGUGUAGGUGUCUCACAGAUGUAUAGGUGCUUCACAGGUGUGUAGGUGUCUCACAGAUGUGUAGGUGUCUCACAGAUGUGUAUUGUGUCUCACAGAUAUGUAGGUGUCUCAAAGAUGUGUAGAUAUCAGACAGAUGUGUAGGUGCCUCACAUGUGUAGGUGCCUCAGAUGUGCAGGUGCCUCAGAUGUGUAGGUGUCUCACAGGUGUGUAGGUGUCUCACAGAUGUGUAGAUGUUUCACAGAUGUGUAGAUGUUUCACAGAUGUGUAUUGUGACUGACAGAUGUGUAUUGUGUCUCAGGUGUGUGGGUGUCCUACACAUGUUUAGAUGCCCUACAGAUGUGUAGAUGUCCUACAGAUGUGAGAUGUCCUACACAUGUUUAGAUGCCCUACAGAUGUGUAGAUGUCCUACAGAUGUGAGAUAUCCCACAGAUGUGUAGAUGUUGGUGCUUUGUGACAUCACAAGUCAAAACUACAAGACAGUUAUUGUAAAUAUCAUUCAGGCGAUAAUAUAGAUUGGAUAUUAGGUAUUGGGACUAUGUGACAUCACCAAUGUAAACUACAAAACUGUUGUUGUACAUAAUGUUCAGGCAUCAUUCUAGAUUAGAUUAUAGAUGUUGGUGUUUUGUGACAUCACAAAUGAAAACUUCAAAACAGUUGUACAUAGAGUUAAGGCGAUAUCCCUGUAAAGCUAUCACAUGAUUAGGUAUAUAGAUGUUGGUGGUUUGUGACAUCACAAAUGAAAACUUCAAGACAAUAGUUGUGCUUAGAGUUGAGACGAUAUCCUUAUAAAGCUAUGAUUACAAAAGUCAUUAUUGUCAUAUACUCCAUUUAAAUCAUGUGUCACAGUGUACAGAAUACAUUACCCUUUUGACCAAAUACAUAACUACAUUACACCAGAACUCAUCAUUUUCUUUUACAAAACCCAUAACUACAAAAUACACAAUUCUUCACAAAACAUAUAACUACGAUAGAGCAACACAAAAACCAUAUUCAAAUUAGUUUGAAUAUUUUACAUCAUAUUUUAUUUAGCCCAAAGAGUCUUCAAGGUAUACAAAUUUACAGAAUUUGAAUCAAUCCAAGUAUAAAAUACUAGCAGACAUUUUUUACAUAUUGGUGAACCAUCAAUGGCUGUUUAACGACACCCCAGCACAGACAAUAAGUGUAUGACUUUGUGAUACAUCAGUGAACCACGUUACAGGCAAAUGUUCAUUACAUGUCAUCAAAGCAGUAGUUACAACUUACAUGUGACAUAAGCAAAUGUCAGUGAUAUGUGUUACAAGCUGAAGUUAAACAUGUUCAAACAAAGAUUGUAUUCAAAACAGUAGUUGCCGAUCUAGAAGUUAUGACUUGUGCAUUCAGUUACAUGUUACAACCAUACGUUAGUUUCAUGUAUUUUAAAGAAGUUAUGAACUAUAAUAAACAGAAGCAUGCUAUGUGUUUCUAGCUGUAUUACAUUACCUGUACAUGUGUAUUACAAACUAUAUUACACAGUGCUUGAAAUUAAGGCAAUUUUGAAAUGUUUUUACUUGCUCACUUGUAAUGGUUAUUAAUUUUAUCCAGCAGCAAAAACUGACAUCAAUCCGUAAAGUUCCUGACCUUCAACAAUCCAUGUUACAACUAUAGCAGUUGUCUGUGUCAAUGUUAAAGUUCCUGACCUUCAACAAUCCAUGUUACAACUAUAGCAGUUGUCUGUGUCAAUGUUAAGUUCGAGCCCUGUUAGAUUAUGGUAUAAUUUUGCUAGUUAUAUCAAUUUGGUAUUACAUUACAUGUGUUACAAGCUAUAUUACAAUGUUGCCAGCUAUAUUGGUAUUACAUUACAUGUGUUACAAGCUAUAUUACAAUGUUGCCAGCUAUAUUGGUAUUACAUUACAUGUGUUACAAGCUAUAUUACAAUGUUGCCAGCUAUAUUGGUAUUACAUUACAUGUGUUACAAGCUAUAUUACAAUGUUGCCAGCUAUAUUGGUAUUACAUUACAUGUGUUACAAGCUAUAUUACAAUGUUGCCAGCUAUAUUGGUAUUACAUUACAUGUGUUACAAGCCAUGUUAAAUGUUGCCAGCUAUAUUGGUAUUACAUUACAUGUGUUACAAGCUAUAUUAAAGGGUGAUUAGUUACAUAACAGUACAUAAUUAUGCUACUAGCAGAACUGUGUACUGUUUGGGAUUUUAGAUUGUGUAGGCCUCAUGGUUUCAUAGAAAUGACUGUUUCUAAAAGAUCUGUUGCCCACUGUCAUAUCUCUGCUUACCGGUAAUCAUUUUCGAAUCACAUAGCAUGGACCUGAAAAAGUGUUGCCCAUGAAAUUUGAAGUCCUGAGGGCUGUUUGUGCGUCAUGUAUAAUAAAGCAAAUUACUUACAGCAGUUAUUUUGUGUAUAGCUUUGACUGCUGUGACAGAUGAAGUAAUAUUGUGAUUGUGCUGUACCAGCAGAAAAGUAUUGCUAUAAAAAUCUAAAUGUAUAAAUUAUGCAAUAAUGGGUUGAUGUAUAUAUAUAUUGUAAAUAAAUGUACGUUGUCACUGGAGUUAUAGGUCCGAUUCAGAAUAAACAGUGUAUAUUGUA